AGUGAAGUGGAGAUAAUUUACGAAAUAUUUUUUUUCCACAAGAAAUGCUGACAGACUCUUUAACUGCAACUGGCAUAAUUAUAUGAAACAGCAAAUUGAAUCGGUAAAGAUGGUUGAAUUAAAAAUUGAGAAAGAUCAGAUGGAUGUUGAUGAUGCAAAAGGUGAAGGGUUGAAACAGUACUAUAUAACAAAAAUAGAGGAAUUACAGCUUAUUGUUUCUGAAAAGACUCAAAAUCUGAGACGUCUUCAAGCUCAAAGAAAUGAACUAAAUGCUAAAGUCCGAAUGCUUCGCGAGGAGCUACAGUUGCUGCAGGAACAAGGUUCCUAUGUUGGAGAAGUAGUCAAACCAAUGGAUAAAAAGAAAGUUUUGGUGAAGGUGCAUCCUGAAGGAAAAUUUGUUGUCGACAUUGAUAAAAAUAUUGACAUCAAUGAUGUAACACCUAACAGCAGAGUAGCGUUGAGGAAUGACAGUUAUACACUUCACAAAAUUCUUCCUAACAAGGUUGAUCCUUUGGUGAGCUUAAUGAUGGUAGAAAAAGUUCCAGACUCUACUUAUGAGAUGGUUGGAGGUUUAGACAAACAAAUUAAAGAAAUUAAGGAAGUCAUUGAACUUCCUGUUAAACAUCCUGAAUUAUUUGAAGCUCUUGGCAUUGCACAACCUAAAGGUGUUUUACUUUAUGGUCCACCAGGUACUGGAAAGACACUUCUUGCAAGAGCUGUGGCUCACCAUACAGAUUGUACUUUCAUUAGAGUAUCGGGUUCUGAAUUAGUACAGAAAUUUAUUGGUGAAGGUUCUAGGAUGGUGAGGGAAUUGUUCGUCAUGGCAAGAGAGCAUGCCCCUUCUAUUAUAUUUAUGGAUGAAAUUGAUUCCAUCGGUUCAUCUCGGAUUGAUGCUGGAUCUGGAGGUGAUAGUGAAGUUCAAAGAACUAUGCUUGAACUGCUGAAUCAGUUAGAUGGAUUUGAAGCUACAAAAAAUAUUAAGGUCAUUAUGGCUACUAACAGAAUUGAUAUUUUGGAUCCUGCUCUUCUAAGACCAGGUCGUAUUGACAGAAAGAUCGAAUUCCCUCCUCCAAAUGAAGAAGCUCGACUGGAUAUUUUGAAGAUCCAUUCUCGUAAAAUGAAUCUAACCAGAGGUAUCAAUCUACGCAAGAUUGCUGAAAUGAUGCCUGGUGCAUCAGGAGCAGAAGUGAAGGGUGUAUGCACAGAAGCUGGCAUGUAUGCUCUGAGGGAGAGGCGGGUUCAUGUGACGCAGGAAGAUUUUGAAAUGGCAGUCGCUAAGGUCAUGCAGAAAGAUGCUGAGAAAAAUAUGUCGAUUAAGAAAUUGUGGAAAUGAACAUUUAUUUUUCUUUUCAUGUUGUUUUAUUUAUGCACAUCAAAAUUCAUGUGGGAAGAUCCUAGUAAAGGAAAUAAAACAAUUAGUACUUUUGUAUUGUA